AUGACAGCCAUUCUACCGCAAGGACUCAUCAACACUACUGCAGCCGUCGAUCAGAAUGUCUUUGGCAAUAUCGAUACCUUUGCCGAGAACACCGAUACACUGCGCCAGUUCUGGAGACACUUCGCCGUCCAAAGUGAUCUCUCGGCAGAUGAUGCGUGCACAAGAUCCCGAAACCUCUUUUGGAGGGUUUGGAGCAAUCCAGAGCUUGCUCGCAACUUGAAAACUCCUCGUCUAAUGCAGCUUUGGCGUCGGUGCAGCCAGGGUUUCGAUCUGACUCCGAUUGGAGAACUUCAUCUGCCUUGCGCAACCCAGUCACAGGAUGUCACAAGACAGCCUCAGCUACUAUCGGCUGAGGAGCCUCAACCAAGUGCGGAGACAAGUUUACCAACAGAUCGAAACAUCCCACAGGGACUGGAAGGGUUUCCAUCUUUGACUCAAGAGACACGAGAGGUGCAAUACACCCUGCCAACUCUGCGGGCUUCCGGGCCAGGUCAACAAUCCGAGCGAACUUCAGGCUCUACCUCAAAUACCACGUCCGGCUCGUCCUCAAGGCCUGUCUUGAGCAGGACCACUAGUGGUGGUCGCUCGAGGAUCCCUGUCGUAGCAACCGCGGGGAGGGCUAGAACGAGGCCACAAUUAGGUCGACGCAAGUCGAGUUCACACAGGACAUCCACCGCUCCCAAUGCUCCAAGGUCACCUCUAGCCCCUCCGGACACGCCACGAAGAGAUCUCGCUUCGCAGAACGUGACCACCCCUAGCGAGAGUCGUGCAAGUACAAGACGUCCACCACCGGGUUUGCCAGAUCCUUUGCACGCAACAAGUGCAGCGAAUUUUAUGUUGCCGACUGCUUCUUCCUGGCAAAGCGUCGAUUCAAGGACAGCGACGCCUCCCCUGGCAACCACUGCACCUGCACAAGGUUCUUCAGAUUUGGUCGAACGCGAUUUCCGUGGCAAGUUUGUCGAGGCUCGGAAGAGGUUGUCCAGCUUCACCAAUCUUCCAGCUCUUAGUCGGAUGUCAAAGACUAAAAGUGUGGUUCGCUUUGCCGAUGACUCCCCCCAAGACGACGAUAAGGGGAAAGGCAAGGAGGCACCAAGCAAAUUCCCUGGCGAGAAUGUUGACCCUUCAGCAUUGCAACCAAGUAUGCCAGGAUCAUCAUCUGCUAGUGACGAUGAGGAGUCUUCCGAUGAUGCGGUGGAACUUCCUAGGACGAAGAGCCAAUUGAGUCUUCUGAUUAAGCAUAAGAGAGAAGAAACAGGAAGUUUGGAUCUUGGUCCCGAAGCAAGGUCCGGAGAAACGAGCGGGAAGUCAAAGGAGAAGGAUAAAGCCAAAUCCAAAGAGGAAGACUUGUUGUCCAUGGGACGGAGGAAUGGAGUGACCAAGGCGGGAGGAGUCCAAGUCCCGGCAUCCCAGAGAGUUACAGGAGAUGAUCCAGGACGCUUUUCCCCUUCGAGUCCCGAGCCGUUAUUCUAA